CCAUUGCGCUCCGAGGUACCCUAACAAGUUUUGGCAAGUCACGUAAAACAUAUGCGACAUUAAUUCACACAUCGCUGAUGCCGUUUAAGCUUUUGUAGGUAGCGCAGCCAUAGCGGGAACUUCUCCAAUCGCUUACAUAUGGGGCAGUGUGAGCCGGCGCAUUCGAAGACCGACGCACGAGCGGGCGAAGACACGCGCCCAAUGCCUCAGAACGGGCACGUCGUCGUUGCUGUUGCCCAACCCCCGCAUGGCAUCCACCGCCGGUACGGCGGUGGCAGCGGCGGCCUGCGCACCUGUGGGCUUUCGACCGGCCGUGGCCGCAAGCAGCUGCUGCUAGUGCUCACAGUGGCCGUGAUGGCGUGCGGCCUGCCGCGUGUCAGCCAUGCGUGGUGGAGCCAGAACUGGGCGUGCUCCGGCGGCUGCGACUAUAACGGCAACUGUAAGUCGUCGUCGAGCUCGCGGUUCUCGGGCACCUCCUCCUGCCCCAGCGGCUACACGGAUGGCAGCAGCAACUGGUAUUGGAGCGGCACCUGCUCCUACACUGGCUGCUACUACAUUUGCAGUGAUGAGUGCUCCUCCGGUAAUUAUUACACGGGCGAGUACAGCGGCAGCGACUGUCGGUGGUGGGGCCAGUCCAAGUGCAAGUGCUGCCCGCGCACCUACUACGUCGACUGCAAGCAGUGGCUGCGAUGCACCUGGGUGCCCGACCCCUCCCCACCGCCGCCACCGCCUCCCUCGCCGCCACCACCCGGCGACCGAGGCGGUUGCAUCUACGACAACUACAACGCCUACGUCGGCUCAAGCCAAGUUGAUUUCUCGUGCGGCGUGUCCUCUCCGAGGGCCAUCGACGUGUCCGCUAGGACCACAAGCAAUGAUGAUCUGGCCAUUGUCGUACGAGUUGGAUCCUGCGGCGGCAGCACCGUCAGCUCGGCAUCCACGUCCAGGACGCCAUCUCUGUCGUACGGAUCUGCGUCGUACAACACCUACUGCGUCAGCAUCGUGUGCAAGAAUUGGGUCUGGAGUUGCGGCUACGCCACAGUCAGCAUCAACUAUGUCCAGCCGCGGUCUCCGCCCCCUCCGCCGCCUCCGCGCUCGCCGCCCCCACCGCCUCCCGGCGACCGGGGCGGCUGCAUCUACGACAACUACUACGUCCCCUCCAUCAACUACUUUGGCCAGAGUGACUUCACAUGCGAUGUGAACGGCGCCAAGGCACUGGACGUCUCGGCCCGGUCAUCCACAAAUGACAACCUCUCCAUCAAGGUCCGGUCUGGCACGUCCUGCAGUGGCAGCACACUCGGCUCGACAAGCAAGUCCUCCAACCCCUCGUUGGCAUACGGCAUCAGCUCCAGCGCCACCUACUGCGUGAGCAUUGUGUGCGAGAACCUGUUGAGCGGCUGCUCGGGCGCCUGGGUCAGCAUCAACUACGGCACGCCGCGGUCUCCGCCGCCUCCGCGCUUGCCGCCCCCACCGCCCCCCGGCGACCGGGGCGGCUGCACCUACGACAACUACUUCGUCCCCUCCAUCAACUACUUUGGCCAGCGCGACUUCACAUGCGAUGUGAACGGCGCCAAGGCACUGGACGUCUCGGCCCGGUCAUCCACAAAUGACAACCUCUCCAUCAAGGUCCGGUCUGGCACGUCCUGCAGUGGCAGCACACUCGGCUCGACAAGCAAGUCCUCCAACCCCUCGUUGGCAUACGGCAUCAGCUCCAGCGCCACCUACUGCGUGAGCAUCGUGUGCGAGAACCUGUUGAGCGGCUGCUCGGGCGCCUGGGUCAGCAUCAACUACGGCACGCCGCGGUCUCCGCCGCCUCCGCCGCCUCCGCGCUUGCCGCCCCCACCGCCCCCCGGCGACCGGGGCGGCUGCAUCUACGACAACUACUUCGUCCCCAUCAUCAACUACUUUGGCCAGCGCGACUUCACAUGCGAUGUGAACGGCGCCAAGGCACUGGACGUCUCGGCCCGGUCAUCCACAAAUGACAACCUCUCCAUCAAGGUCCGGUCUGGCACGUCCUGCAGUGGCAGCACACUCGGCUCGACAAGCAAGUCCUCCAACCCCUCGUUGGCAUACGGCAUCAGCUCCAGCGCCACCUACUGCGUGAGCAUCGUGUGCGAGAACCUGUUGAGCGGCUGCUCGGGCGCCUGGGUCAGCAUCAACUACGGCACCCCGACGCCUCGGUCCCCCCCGCCGGGCGCCUCCUCCUCCGGUCGCUCCCUGGCCAAGUACUGGUCAACCAACGCCGGCGAUGCCCGCAACGCAUACCUAGCGGCACUGCUGUCCUCACUCGCAUACAAUGACAGCACAACGUUUUGCAAGAAAGCUGCUUCGUGGGGCGUUUCUGGGACCUGCGAGAUGGUGUACGGCAAGUUCGACACCGAGUAUGGGCUGUUGGACCUCGGGACGUCCUGCCUCCUCGCUUUCCGAGGAAGCGAAACACAGUGGGUCGGUGGUUCCGCGGACCGCGGCACAGACAUGGCCUCCGCGCUCAUUGCCAGCGGCCCACUCCGGGGGGUUGUCGGCCUGGCGGAAGGCUUUGCUGUGGCGGCUGAUAACAACUAUGACACAAUCGUCAGCCGCCUGCAAAGCUCCAGCUUUAGGGCGUCCAAGAGCAAGCCUGUGUGGGUGAUGGGUCACAGCCUGGGUGGCGCGCUGUCCCUCAUCACCGCGCAGUGGCUGCAGAGCUCAGGCUUAUUCAACGUGGCAGGGGUUUACACCUUCGGAGCCCCGCCGGCCGGCAACGGAACAUUCAAGGAUUCGUACAGCCUGAAAAGCAAGACCUACAGCUACGCGUACGCGAAGCGAACUGGCUGCGAAGUCUUGGACGUCGUUGCCAACCUGGACAGCACAUUACUGACCGGCCACAAGCACGUGGUGGAUUUGAUUCCCGUGUACGACAACUGUGCCAGGUCGGGGCGGCGCCUCCUUGCGGCGGAGGCGGCGGCGGAGGCACCAGCACCGGCGCCCGCGCCCUCGCCAGCCGCAGUCACUGGACCCGCGGUGGAUGCGCCUGCACCUCCCGUGCCCUCCACGGGCGCGUCAGUAGCGGAUGCACAUCAGGGCACGCAAGACACCGCGGAGCUCUCCGAAGCGCUUGAUGCUACACCGCCGCCGAGCUGCCUUGUCAGCGUGCGGUACACGCCUCGGAGCACGAUGGUCCGUGGGCGCGGCAGUGCCCCUCCCCCAGCCGAGAUCGGUACUCUCAGCCCGGCGCUGCCACAGCAAUCGCUCGAGGACGGUGUCUUCACCAGCGUCACCAGCGAGGUCAUGCUGAGCACUGCCGAUGGCGCCAGCAAGGCCUACACGCGCACGGUGCAAGUGAGUGAUGUGCGGACCUGCAGCACGGCGGGUUGGCCGGCCGGACUGUGGGCCGAGCUGACAGGCAUGGGCAUUGACCUUUUGGAGCUCGGUCUGAAGGAGCCACCAACGCCAUCACCGCCACCGCCAGCAACAGCAGCUAACAGUGGUAAUAGGGAGGCUGCAGCCACCCCUGCACCGUCCACACCGUCACCGCCAUCCCCUCCACUGCUGCCUCCUAUGCCAGCCGUAGCUACGGGCCGCAGCGGCCCCACACCUGCGGGCGAUUCCACAGCCGAAGCAGUUGCUGUGGAGGCGGCGAGUGUCGUUGAUGAUCUCGUGAAUGGCGUGUAUGAGUGGCUCUCAUGCAGGCCUGCCACGGAAGGCUGCUGGCUAUGCCAUUCGAUCAAUGAUUACUACGUACCUGGCCUCUGGGCAUGCCUUUCCUCUACUGAUAAGGCGCGCCUGCCUCUCCCGGCUGACCUGAAGGCGUGAUAGGCCUGACCAGUCGCCAAUAGUCGCCCUUUCAUGACGCGCAUUCAUUGGAAGUGGGAAUACUUUUGUAGGGCUUAGAUAACCCCAGAGGUUGAUGUACGGGAGCUCAUCGGGAAGAAGAUGCCGAGUGAGAGUGCGUGGCGUUCGAGUGACGCAGCCUUACCCAACUGAUGAUAAAGUGAACUGCAUUUUGACUGAUUGGUGCCGAUGCGGUGCCGAAAAGCUGUGGGACAGUGGUAACUGCACGCCCUAGGCCCGAAUAGCUCAGGAAGUGAGUAGGCCGCGGUUGGUUGCACAUUGAAUAUGUAAAGCGCGCAUUGAUAUCAGUUCGGGGGUGGGCGUCGGGGACAGAGGCUCAGGUGGUGGCGGCGGCUAUGGCGGCGUGGGGCCCAGCGGCAUGGAUGGGGGUUCUAUCUAGAUAGCGGCUGUGGCGCGGGCCCCUGUGGAGUUUGGUGGCAGCUGCUCAGGGCCCAGCGGCGGUGGCCGUGGCGGCACAGCAGCAUAGCGGACCUGGGCAGCAUGCAUGUGUGGAGGGAAGUGGACGGGCAUUCCGGCAAGGCCACGUGGAACGAGUGGAGCGUGCCGCCACAGAGCAUGUACCGUGGCAGGCAGCUGUGAUGGGCGGGUGUGCUGCGUGUGCUGGCUGUGCUCCGCGGUUUGGUAGUUCGUUGUACACGAUUGGGCCCAUGGCUGGUCGUGUCCUGCGACGACGAAUGACGACACCUGGUUGGCUGUGCCUGCGCAAGCUGACCCCUGCUCCGGGUUGUGGGACUUGUGGAUGACCUUCGGCGGUUCGGCCUCAGACUGGGUGAAUACACUCAAGUAGGACUACAGAAGCCACAAAAACACGGUACCGCAAGGACAGUCACCGCACAAUAAUAGAGCGCGAACAGCCAAGUUGCCCUCCACAGUCCACACACGUUGGUACGCAUGGCCGCACUGCCUCCGCCCCUUGCAGGCUCAGGCUCAAAAGUCGCCGUCUGCGCCACGUCUCCACACGACUCACGCCCUUGCCUGCUGACUGCUGGCGCUCUGCUUGCCCUCGACCAGGGUCGCAACCGAGGCCUCGACCCGGCGCCCGUGGCGCUACCGGGACAUCGGAAGCCACACCCAAGCAAUCAAGCACACCACACAAUACCGGUACCAGGCUGCGUGAACAAAGUGCUACAAAGUCCACGCCGGCUGACCCUCAGUGGGGGCUGCUGCCAAGCGACCUUGUCCGGGAGCAUAUCACUGCCGUUUCCACAUUUUUGGGGAAAUCAGUUGUUCAUCAGGCGAACGUUUGGGGUGGGCGCCGGGGACAGAGAUUCGGGUGAUGGAGGCUGUGGCAGUAUGGGACCAGGUGGGGCCCUGCAGGCAGCAGCAUGCAUAUGUGGAGCGUAUCAGCGUAGGGGAUGGGCAUUUAGGCAAGGGCAUGUAUGCGGAACGUGCCGCCAUAAGUCAAAGAGGAUGUACCGUGGCAGGCAGCUGUGACCGCCGGUGGGCGUGCUGCGCGCGCGUGCUGGCUGUGCUCCGUGGCGUGGUACCUGGGCAUGCUUACGGUAGCUUUGCGCUGGACACGCCGCUGCCCGGCUACCCUUCAAAUAGCUGGCUGUGUCCUGGAGCGACGAAUAAGACACCCACCUGGUGGGGGAUGCGCCUGCAAAAGCCGACCUUGCUGUGUCCAACCUGAGACUCGUGAAUGACAUUCGGCCUCAGACUGGGCGGCACGCGCCGUGUGGUGCAGUGGUGUGGCCCUCAUUAGUGUCAGGCCCUGUCCAUGA